AUGUGGGGCAACACAGCAGAAGAUUUUGAGAAAGUGUUGAUAAUACCCAACUGCUACACAGGCAAAGAUGUUACUGUUCCAAAACAAGUUAGCAAAACAGUACAAAAAUAUUUUCAAAGUACUUUGUAUUUGCAUGACUUCAUUCUCUCUCAUCUUUCUACUAUAUAUUGCAUCAUUGGUCUAGUUGGUAACAUCUUUGUAGUGAUGACCUUUGCUUUAUAUGAAAGAAACAAGUCCAUGACGGAUGUGUACCUCUUCAACAUGGCCAUAGCAGACAUACUGUUUGUUCUCACUCUCCCACUGUGGGCAGUGACCUAUGCUGCUGACGAAUGGAUUUUUGGUGAUUUCCUUUGCAAAAUGACCAGAGGUAUCUAUGCAAUCAACUUUAGCUGUGGCAUGCUGCUUUUGGCCUUCAUCAGCGUGGACCGGUACAUUGCUAUUGUACAGGCAACAAAGUCCUUUAAACUCAGGGCAAGAACCCUUGCCUAUAGUAAACUCAUUUGUCUGGUCGUGUGGGUAUCAUCCAUUCUGAUCUCUAGCUCCUCUUUUCUAUACAGUGAAAGUUACAGCUUCUCCAUCAAUGAAACCAAAGUGAUCUGUGAUCACAGAUUUGACAGAAUGUCUGAAAGCACGAUGCUGAAAUCAUUGCUGCUGUUCCUACAAGUUGGAUUUGGAUUUUUUAUACCUUUCAUAUUCAUGACGUUUUGCUAUACAUUCAUUGUCAAAUCCUUACAACAAGCUCAGAAUUCCAAAAGAAACAAAGCAAUCCGUGUGAUCAUAUUAAUUGUAGUUAUAUUCCUAGUUUGCCAAGUACCUUACAACAUUGUUCUUCUUGUGAUGGCUGUAAAUAUGGGCAAGCUAGGCAAAUCCUGUGACAAUGACAAGAUAAUGGCCUAUGCAAAAUACACCACUGAAGCCAUAGCAUUUUUACACUGUUGUGUGAACCCUGUGCUUUAUGCAUUUAUUGGAGUGAAGUUCAGAAGUUAUUUUGUGAAGAUAAUGAAGGACCUAUGGUGCAUGCGGUACAAGAAAUACAACAAACGUGGCUCAAGGACAAACUCUGAUACUUAUCAUUCAAGACAGACUAGUGAAAUUCUGACUGACAAUGGAUCUUCUUUUACCAUAUAA